CGCAGAUGGCGCCCAAGAAUAUUUUGGAAAUAGAUAUGGACGGCCAAGGGGUUCGGAUAGUCUACUACUGGAGGAUGAUGAAUAUUAUCCGUAUGAUGAUGAUUACGUCAUGCCACCAUCCAGACCCAAAACUUCAAUUGAGGAGCAGUGGGAGAAAAAUCGAUGUUUUGAAUUGACUUCUGUAGAACAAGAAACAUUCGAGAGAUACUUUUAUCAAAAAGAACAUUGGAAUUACUUCACAAAUGAUGAAGAUUUGGGCCCAAUUAUUCUAAGUCUAAAACAAGAAACCAUUAAUGGUCGAGACCAAUUUAGGAUAUUGGUCAGAGCAAUCAGCUACACAGUUCAUGGCUUAAUACCAGCGUCUUGUGUAUUUGCCGAUCGCUAUAAUCGUGAGGAAGUGGUCAGGUCUCUAGGUAAAGAGAUUAAUUUAAAUCCACCGUUAGUGCUUGGCCAAUUACCUGACACAGCCGAUGAACUACUCAAACUAGACCAAGUGUUCAUGAAAUCUGAACUCAAAGUUGGAGUAAUAUACGUAAAAGAGGGCCAAACCACUGAGGAAGAGAUAUUGGACAACAAUGAAAAUAGCUUAGCAUUUGAAGAAUUUCUUGGACUUUUAGGAGAGACCAAAAGACUUUGUGGGUUUGAUAAGUAUCGAGGAGGAUUAGAUACAGUACACGAUUUGACUGGAACACAUUCUGUAUAUACAAAUUGGAGAAAUAUUGAAAUUAUGUUCCACGUUUCAACUAUGUUACCAUAUGAAGCACACGAUGCACAAAAACUCCAAAGAAAAAGACAUAUUGGUAAUGAUAUUGUGUGUGUUGUAUUCCUCGAAGCUGAUGAUACUCGAUUUUCACCAGCAUGUAUAAAAUCACAUUUUCUUCAUACUUUUAUAUUGGUCAGAGUAAGUCCGAGAAUUCGAAGAAAAACAGAAAGGACUAAAUACGAAGUAUCUGUAGUGACUAGAGAUGAAGUUGGGGCUUAUAAACCAUAUCUUUGGGAACAAUCGGUUUUCGAAGAAAAAGAUAUGUUUCGAGAGUGGAUCUUAACAAAGAUCGUAAAUGGCGAACGGGCUAGUUAUUCAGCACCAAAAUUUGCUAGAAUGCAAGAACGUACUCGUAGUCAAAUGCUUGAAGAUAUCGUUGCUAACUUACAAAAUCAUUGUGAGACUGGUCAAAUACCUAAACCUUAUAGGAGAGGUUCAUGGAGACCGAUAGGGCAUAUGAGGCCAUCUAGUCCAUUACUCGAUUCGGUUAGAGAUCGUUUUGAAGACUAUGAUACUCUUGCUAAAGAUUUUACGAAAUUCUUUAUAAACUCAGAAUCAAAUGUCUCCAUAAAUGGCCAUUUGUUUGAUGUAGUAUUUUUAGUAGGCCAAAGUAAGCAAAAAACGAAAUUUAUCGGAGUACGAGCCAUUUUAGGUGUAAGAAGUCGAGUAUUCCAAGAAAUGUUAUACGGCAUUUCCACCGGUUUUGGAUCUCCUCAAAUGCCGGUUGCCGAACUAUUAGCCAGAGGUCUUCCUAGUUUACCCUCUCAACAGCACCAAAAAGCAAAAAGUAGUAACUUUUUACAAGUUCCAGAUAUAGAAACACCAAGGGCCAAAAGUGUGCCCAGCUCUCCGAUGAUGCGGAGAGCUUUUACCAGAUUAGGAACGAUCACUGCUGGAUGGAGUAAGUCGAUAAGAAAACAACAAAAUCUAUCCGCUGAUGAUAAAAAGAAGUGGGCUUCUUCACAAGAUUUCAGCCAUAAAGAAAAAGAAAAGGACAAAGAAAAAGAGAAAGAAAGGUUAGCUCAGUUGUCCGUGCCUAAAGUAAGUGUUUGUCCAAAUAACGGAGGGGACAAGAUUGAUCGAGCGAAACUCAAUCAAAUCGAGUUUUCAAUCAUCGAAUUUGAUCCCGACACGUUUCGAAUUUUACUGGAUUACUUACAUACGAGCUCUUGUAAAAUCACUUGUGCGAAUGUCCCCGGGUUAAUAUGUGCAGCUGAACACUAUGACUUGCCAGAGCUAUUACAGGCGUGUUUCCAUCAUACAAAACAGCAUUUAAGAGUAGAUGUGAUAUGCCUGAUGUUAAACAGUUUGGAAAAUUACGUAUGGAGAUAUAAUUCAGCAGUGGAAUUAGUUAAUUUGAUAUUUACUUAUAUUGAACAAAACGCAUUGAGGGUUUUGAAUCACUGUGAUUUCCUCACACUUUCCGAGUCACUGGUACAGCAGAUAAUGUGUAGGCCACUCGAAGUGUCCGAAAUUCGAAAGUUCCAGGCAAUGAUAAAAUGGGCAACCAAUAAGAGCCAGUCAAAAACCAAUGCUAAAGAAGAAUUCCAUCAUAUCAUGACAAGGCUGAAAAAAGAUAUAAAUCUGGUUAAAAUUGCACCCAACGAUCUCAUAAACAUCGUGUUACCUACGCGAACUGUCGAUAAUCAAGACAUUCUGAGCACCCUGUGCAAGCAAGCUGGUACCGGGGAGUACAAAAUCGAAAAGACUGUAUUCGAGAGGCUCAGCAGACAUAGGUCUGAUUGGGACCACGUCGAGCCUUAUCUAUAAAAUAAUAAAUCAUUUUGAAAAGGAGACCACUAAUAAUAAUAUUACAAUUUUUAGUUUUUACAAUAAAGAUAUGUAUGUUUUGUGAUUAGUUUAAGAUUUAUUUACAAACAUGAUGUUUUGUUAUAUCAUAUCGCUGAAAGAUUUUUAUCUUUCACAUAAUAAUGGCUAUUUAUAAUAAUAAAAUAAUAAUAAAUAAAUAUAUACAUAAAUUACUAAGUAAUUAUAUUAUAAAUUAAAAUUAAUAAUAAUAAUAAUAAUAAUAAUUUAAGAAACAAUCAAGUUUUCAACUGUUUAUUUUCGCGUUUAUAACUUAUGUGUAUAUUUUAAAUUGCAUGGUAUCUAUGUUGUAUGGUUUUUAUAAAACAAUAUGAUCAUAUUGUAUAAUCUAACAAUUAAAAUAAUAAAAAUAAUCUAAGCCGUAUAAACUUAUAAUUAAGAGUGUGAAGUGUUGACGUUCAUAUAUUAUAUAUGUAAAUAAUUUGUUUAUGUUAACUAUAAUACGUAUACCCGAUAAUUCAGUGUGUGCUUUUCAGGCAGUUUUAAUUUAAUUUUCAACUUAUUAUAAUCGAAACAUAGAUCAGUUGAAUUAAUUAUCAAUAUAUUGAAAUCAUUGAUCAGCAUUAUAACAUUAAGAUUUAAGUCAGUCGAAGUUGUAUACCUACCAGGCUCUCAGUCACGACAAUAUAAUAAUAAUAUGCAUAUUUUUACAAUACUUCUAAAAUCUCAUCGGUUCAAACACGACGUUUUAUUAAUCUCAUAAGCCUUUAGACUUGUGCGCCGAAUUAAUUUCCACAAUUGCGUGUUCACAACUGAUUAUUUGAAAAAAUUUCAACUGGCCGAAAACUCAAUUUAAAAUAAUAGCACUUAAUGCUUUUUUGACGUGUAAAAAUCCUUCUAUCAAAAAAAAUGUCCUGUGGAUGUGGUUUUUAUAUACCAAAUUCGUUUUUUUUUUAAACGAUAAACUUUUUCGAUAGGUACUCCCUAUUAUGCCACUAUGGUAACCUUCUCACUUCAAUAACAGAUCUUACUGUCAAAAAAUAAACCAAUUCCAAAUACGAUUAUCUACGUUGACAACUCACACCACAUAUUUUAUCAUAUAAGUCGAUAAACCUAAAAAAAAAUAGAUGUCAUACCUAAUCCAGAAUUAUAAUUAUUCAUUAAAAAAAAUAAAUAACAUUAUUCUCAAAGUUGUCUCUGCGUAGAACAUUAAACAAAAAUUAUAUUAAAAUCAAAUAACCUUUGUGAAAAUACAAAUUGUGCUACGUACCUGAUUAAACUUAUGAUUUCCAUUGAAAGUAUUAAGUAUAUAAAUAAUAAAAAAUUAAUUAUUGCUUCCAUAAAACUAUCAAAAUUAUGAAUUUCGUAAAAAUGUAUCCAAAUAUUCAGCAUUUCAAUUUAAUAGUUUCCGCUGUUUGUUUUUUGAGCUAUUUUAUUUUAUACAAAACUGCUUACCCAUGUUAUUAUAAUUUUUUACAAAAACUUAGACAUUCGACUUAGAAGACAUUUUAUGAUUUUUUUUCAUGUUUAAAUGGAAUAUGGUGUUAAGUUUUUAAAAUUUUAAUCAAGCGCAUUGUUGUCGCACACUUGUUUUUUACUGUGAUUGUAUCAGAAUUCAGGGACAUAAAAUAUUAUACUGUAUAAAAAUAAUUAAUAAAUAACAACGCCAAGACAGAAUGAAAAAAAUUACUCGAAAUAGAUAAUGUAAUAAUGUUGGUGUUGUUUUCGGUGUUUGUAAACUUUUACAUUGUGUAACAAAUUAUAAUAUUAUAUUAUAUAAUAUAUGUAUAUUAUAAAAUUUAUAAUAUAUAUAUAUAGAACAUGCGUAUAAUAUAUAUUUUUAGAAUAGUUACAUUGUUAUGAUAAUGUUUUUAAUGUCAACCCUUCGCGUGAUGAAUUUCAUAUAAACAAAAUGUUCACCAAAAAUGUGUGAUGCCUGCCUAUUGUUGGAGCACAUUACGGUUAUUAUUAUUGUAAAAUGUAUGUAUGUUUUUUUUUUUUUUUUGACGGACGUGGAAAUAAAUAAAACGUUCUAUACAAUAUUUUAACGGAAGUAGUUUGUAUUUGUAUUAAAAGCGAAAACGAACAAUUACAUGCAAAUAAACUUCACGCCUAUAGAACUAUUA